AUGUCAGACUCGCAACCAGUGGACACCGUUGCCGACGACGCAAUGGACAUUGAGCCUUCCACCUCGUCCAUCUUCAUCCCUCCUUCAGUGCACGAAACCGAGCUCUUGUCCGGCGCCAGCUUCUCACACUACUCCGACGUGCCUCCUUCUCUUCUACCAUCAAACCCAGAGGACCCUUCCAGCGCUACACCGUGCGCCCUUGGCGUGGACGAAGCUGGCCGUGGCCCAGUCCUUGGGCCCAUGGUAUAUGGUGUCUUCUACCUCCCGCUGCCAUUGUCCGACCCUCUCCUUCGCGAAACCCACCACUUUGACGACUCCAAGGUCCUUACGGCCGCGGUACGAUCCGACUUGAUGGAGAAGCUGUGCACUUCAGACUCUGAUCUAUACGAAUCAUGCGGUUGGGCUACAACAUCACUCUCUGCGCGAGAUAUUGGUGCCAACAUGCUCAAGCCAGUUGGCGUAUACAACCUUAAUGCGCAAGCUAUGGACGCCACCAUCGACCUAAUCAAAGGCGUUUACGCGAAGGGAGUCAAUAUUCAAGAAAUCUAUGUCGACACCAUCGGCCCGCCUGCCACCUAUCAAGCAAAGCUUCAGCGCAUCUUUCCAACAGCUAAGGUGACGGUUGCAAAGAAGGCUGAUAGUCUCUACCCGUGCGUCAGUGCUGCCUCAGUCUGUGCCAAGGUUACUCGUGACGCUGCCCUGGAGGUCCUUUACGAAACCCGAAAGGAUGACGCAGACAAGACCAAUAACAACAAGCCUGGCACCAUGGCUUGGGGUUCAGGCUACCCAUCAGACGCAAGAUGUGUUGGUUGGCUUCGCUCCAACAUGCAUCCUGUCUUUGGCUGGGGCCCAGAGUGCCGCUUCAGCUGGGGAACUGCCAAGGAUAUGCUCGACGGCAAAGGCGCCGGUGUCAAGGUCGAUUGGCCAGUAGAAGAGGAUGAAGAGACUAGCCGAGUAACAGAUUUCUUCGUCUCAAGUGACCAAAGUAAAAACGGAAGCGAGCUUGGGAGCUGGUUUGGUACACCGGCUAGUACGGCAGCAUUCUAA